AAUAAUGUUAUCAUCUGCCCCUCCCCCCAAUGCACGUGACGACAAACGGCCAAACCUCCCUAUCUCUUCCCCCCUUAUUCAUUGGUUAACUUCCAAUUAUUCUGCUUAUCUUUUUUCUUUGAUUCUAAACUUUCAGUUGUUCUAAGUUGAAUCUUCUGCUUCUUUAGAUAUAUUUUGCUUCAAGUUUUAGCAAAAUCCAUAGUGAAUCGUUUCAAGUUUUCCUUGGUUGUUUAUGUGGAACUGUUUUGGGUUUCAAUGGAACAAUUUCAAGAUUGUUAGUAAACUGCUUCGAGAUUAUUAAAUUAGGGUUCUAAAAAGAGAUUUGGGUGUCUGUUUUACAUUGAUUUCAACUGAACAAUUUCAAGAUUGUUGGUGGACUGCUUCAAGAUUUUCAAAACUAGGGUUCUUGGGGGGGUUUUUUAAGAGAUUUGGGUGUCUGUUUUACAUGGGUUUGGAUUGAACUAUUUCAAGAUUUUGAAAUUAGGGGUGUUGAUGGAAGAAGAUGGGAUAGAAGAGGUUGGUAACAGUAGUGCUAGUGCUAGGUUAUUGAGAAAGAGAAGUGGUGGUGGUGAUUCAAGUUCAAGGUGGGUGGAUGGUAGUGAAGUGGACUCAGAAUCACCUCCAUGGUCAUUGAUUGAUGAUGAUGAAAAGAGAAGUGAAGGACAUGGAUCUGUUAGAAGAAGGUUGGUGAGGAAGCUCAAGAGUGUUGACUCUUUUGAUGUUGAAGCCAUGGCUAUCUCUGGCUCCCAUAGCCACCAUAGCAAGGAAGUCACGAUAUGGCAGACUCUUGGAUUGGCUUUUCAGACACUUGGAGUCGUAUAUGGUGAUAUGGGGACGAGUCCAUUGUAUGUGUUCUCGGACGUUUUCAGCAAGGUCCACAUUCAGUCGGACAUUGAUGUCUUGGGAGCUUUAUCACUUGUUAUUUACACUAUCGCUCUCGUGCCGUUAGCAAAAUAUUGUUUUAUAGUCCUAAAAGCAAACGACAAUGGCGAAGGAGGAACAUUUGCACUCUAUUCAUUGAUCUGCCGGUAUGCAAAAAUUAAUCUUCUACCAAAUCAUCAACAAGCCGACGAAUAUAUCUCAAGUUUUAGGCUCAAACUGCCAACUCCGGAACUCGAAAGGGCUCUAAAAAUCAAAGAGAAGUUAGAACACAAUUCGUUCUACAAAACGCUUCUCUUGUUACUCGUUCUAACUGGAACUUCUAUGAUCAUCGGGGACGGUAUUCUGACCCCGGCUAUGUCUGUCAUGUCUGCUGUGAGUGGUCUGGAAGGUAAAAUACCGGGAUUUGGCACAGGCGCUUUAGUAUCCGUCUCAAUUGUGAUUCUUGUCGGAUUGUUUGCCAUACAAAGGUUUGGGACAAGUAAAGUGGGGUUGACGUUUGCUCCUUGUCUUGCUUUGUGGUUCUUUAGUCUCGGCUCGAUUGGAUUGUACAACCUUAUUAAGUAUGAUAUAUCUGUGGUGAAGGCGGUUAAUCCUGCAUAUAUAUAUUUCUUCUUCAAAAAGAAUUCUGGAAAGGCUUGGUCAGCUCUUGGUGGUUGCGUUUUAUGCAUCACAGGAGCGGAAGCAAUGUUUGCUGAUUUGGGCCAUUUCUCUGUGCCAUCCAUACAGAUUGCUUUCUCGUUCGUGGUGUUUCCGUGCCUUCUCUUGGCUUACUUGGGUCAAGCCGCUUAUCUUAUGAAACACCCUGAUUCCACAAGUAGAAUAUUCUAUGAUUCUAUCCCAGACGGACUUUUUUGGCCGGUUUUCGUGAUAGCUACAGCCGCUGCGAUAAUCGCUAGUCAAGCUAUGAUAUCCGCUUCAUUCUCGUGCAUUAAACAAUCCAUGGCUCUCGGAUGCUUCCCGAGGUUGAAAAUCAUUCACACGUCACGACGGUUCAUGGGCCAAAUCUACAUUCCCGUCAUCAAUUGGUUCUUGAUGAUCAUGUGUAUUCUUGUCGUAGCCACCUUUCGAAGCACAACUGACAUCGCUAAUGCAUAUGGCAUAGCAGAAGUCGGGGUGAUGAUUGUUAGCACGACGUUGGUGACGAUCGUUAUGCUUCUGAUAUGGCAAACAAACAUCUUUUUAGCACUGUGUUUCCCGGUUGUGUUUGGAUCGAUAGAGCUCAUAUACCUGUCAGCUGUUCUAUCCAAGAUCACAGAGGGCGGUUGGCUUCCGCUCGCUUUCGCUUCCUUCUUCCUUUGCGUCAUGUACAUUUGGAACUUCGGGAGCGUGCUGAAGUACCAAAGCGAAGUCCGAGGGAAAAUCUCAAUGGACUUCAUGAACGAGCUCGGCUCGUCCCUCGGAACCGUCCGAGUCCCCGGAAUCGGACUACUCUACAACGAACUAGUCCACGGAAUACCAUCCGUUCUCGGCCAGUUCCUACUCGAUCUACCAGCCAUCCACUCUACGCUCAUUUUCGUCUGCAUAAAGUAUGUUCCCGUCCCUGUCGUAUCGCAAGACGAACGGUUUCUUUUCCGAAGGAUUUGUCCAAAAGACUACCACAUGUUUCAGUGUGUAGCAAGAUAUGGAUACAAGGACGUCCGCAAGGAAGAUCACCGUGCAUUUGAGCAACUUUUAGUCGAAAGUCUCGAGAAGUUCAUGAGGAAAGAAGCUUCAGAGCUCGAGUUGGAAACUGACGUAGUCGAUGCGGAAUUAGACAGGAUAUCGGUUUCCCCGAGAAGAAGCUAUUCAGGUGAACUUAGCGUGCCGUUGAUUCAGCACGUGGAAGGCGGCGAGUCAGCGGUGCUGCCGCCAAGCAUGAUGGGUGGCACCGAUGAAGACCCGAGCUUAGAAUACGAGCUUUCGGCCCUUCGAGAAGCUAUGGAAUCUGGGUUCACUUAUUUGCUUGGCCAUGGCGAUGUCAGAGCCAAAAAGGAGUCGUUUUUCCUGAAGAAACUUGUGAUCAAUUACUUUUAUACGUUUCUGAGGACAAAUUGCAGAGGCGGAGCAGCCACCAUGAGGGUCCCACAUAUGAACAUCAUACAAGUCGGGAUGACGUAUAUGGUAUGAUAUAUACAUAUAACUACCUGAAAAAUAUAAUAGUGUGCGUACCCUCAGGCUUAUUUGGUUUAUAUCUUGUUCGGAUCCGGUUCCAGAUGGGUUAUACCGAACCUAUUUGGUUUGGUUUGGUUUGGUUCAGUUCGGUUAUAUAGUCGGCCAUAUUUGUUUAUUCUUGUCCAAUUUACGAGUUAAUUUACGAGUCAAUAAAUUGUAUCAUCUUCGUUUUCAAAGUCGAAACUCAAGGAAAUCUCUUCAGUUUGCUAUAAAUAAAAUUGUGGUGGAUUAUAAGUGAAA